CAAACGUCAACCAAAAUUGAACGGGCCGCUUACUGAAGCAACUCUCGUAUUUAUUUCACGGAACGCAUCUAUAAUUCAUUUGGUGGACUUGGUGUGAUGGUCGGAGGAAAACAUGGCAAAUACCUUGGAUUUAAAAUUGGUAUUGAAACACCUUUCGAAUGGAACGCUGAGCGAGAAUUUGUGUAUUAUUUGCUUGGAACCACUUCGUGACCAAUCCGAGAAUAUAUUUACAAAAGUUUGUAAAUACGACAAGGAAUAUUGUAUUGCUGAUGUCUUGCAGACUAUGUGCGAUAUUACACUCUCAGAUACAGAUACCUACAACAUUUGUAUCAAUUGUUUCAUGAUGGCAUCCAUGGCAUACAAGUUCUACCUGCUAUCUAAACGGAGCCAGGAAAUAUUAGGGUUCUACACCAAUGAACUGCUUGAAAACAUGGAACAAAUCCAAUUGCCCGAAGAAAUGGUUAACAACACACUUUGCAUAUCCCUGCCUGAGAUUGCAACCGUAACACCGGUUUACGAUUACAAUCUACAGUCGAUUGGCAAAGAAACUGAAUUAUUUGAAAAUACCUUCGUUAAACAAGAAAUAACGAAAAGUGAGGAAACAGAUGACAAUGAUAAUGAUAAAGUAGUCGUUAUUAUACAAGAUAACGGAGAGCCUGCAUUUUACCGAGCACAGCCUGAUGGUAGUCUUAUAGAGCUUGAAGAAUCUGAAGGGGAAAAGUAUAGAAAAAAGUUUAAAGCCUCCAUAGUCACAGUUAAGAAAGAGGAACGGUUGAAAAAGGGAAGGAAAAGAGGUCCGAUGUCUUUUAAAAUGUGCAGUCGGUGCCCGGUGAAGUAUCGUUUCAUAACUAAACUGAAGCAGCAUAUGAUGAUGGAUCAUAAUGUUACCCUGUUUGUUUGUAAGGUAUGUCAAGCGUUCACAGAGAAUGAACAAGAGUACCACAAUCACAUGAAAACCCACACGGAUAUACAUCAGUGUGCGGUCUGUAACACUGUGUUCAAGAAACGGUCCACCAUCAUCAACCACCUUAAAUGGCAUGAACGGAUGAAAAAUAUCACUGAGAACGCUUUGCAGACGGAAAACGCGCACAUUUGUGAGAAAUGUGGGAAGAUAAUGUUCGAUGAGGAGAGUCUAAGACAGCAUUAUGACAGCGUACAUUACAAGAAGUUCACCUGCUAUUACUGCGGCCGAAUGUACAAGGGAGAGAUGAGCUUCGACAGUCAUAUCAAGAAACAUGAAAAGAAUAUGGAAAUUGGGAGUUUUAAGGAUAGCGCUCAAACUAAAGACAAAGUCAAUCCGAGUGAGAAGGCUGGCAAGGCCCGAUGCAUGUGUUCGACGUGUGGGCGACACUUCGUGGACGAGCGAGCGUUGCUGUGGCAUCAGAGGCUACAUAACAACGAGAGGCCUUACCCCUGCAAGGAGUGCGGUCGUAGGUUCGUGUCCCUGAACCGCCGCAACCAGCACGCGCUGUGUGCCCACACGGCCCCCACGCGGCGCUGUCCGCUCUGUCCCGCGCUCUUCCAUCUCCGCUCCAUGGUCAACUCCCACGUCAAGAAGGUACACCUAAGAGAGCACAAGCGGCGUAACCGCGUGAACAAGCACCGCGACGUGCCAUGGCGGACGGCGCCCGUGCCCAUACAGGAGCUCAGCGUCGACAUACAGAAUGAUAUACUCGAACUGCAGGCUGCCCACGCCCACGCCAACGACUGGACAUACGAAGACAGUUCUCAGUCGCUAGAGAUGGAGCAUAUCUGACCCAAGCGGUGUUAUAAGCUUGAGCGUCUGCGCGCGGUUGAUAGGCAGCUACGGCGGCAAGCGUGGAUGUAGAUAGUUAUAGACCAUACACGAAUAAUACUUAGUUGGAGAGCUGUGUAAGUGUGGGAGAGCCAUGCUUUGGCACGAACGGGUCGGCUCGACCGGAGCCAUACCAUGG